AUGAAUCCUCCCAGGCCCCCCUACGGGGGCCCCGGUCCUGGGGGCCCCCCUCCUCCCGGGGCACCCCCCGUAGGGGCCCCUCCCCCUCCGGGGCCCCCGGGGCCCCCGGGGCCCCCCGGGCCCCCGGGUCCCCCGGGUCCCCCGGGGCCCCCCGUUCCCCCGGGUCUCGUGGGGGGCCCCCCGGGUCCGCCGGGGCCCCCCGGGGGGCCCCCUGGGGCCCCCGGGGGCCCCCCCGGGUACGUGCAGCCGCCGCCGGGUUAUAUGGGGCUGAGGCCCCCGCCUCCGGGUUCUGUAAUGCCGCCUCCGGGGUUUCCCGGAGGCGCGGGGCGUCCGGCUGCUCCUUUGCUGCCGACUGCAGCAGCAGCAGCAGCAGCAGCAGCAGCAGCAGCAGCAGCAGCGGGUGCGCCGAACCAGCGGGGCACGAUGCCGGUGCCGGCGUGGAUGCAGCAGGGGCCCCCCCCUCCUCUGGGGGCCCCCCCCCCUCUGGGGGCCCCUCCUCCGCCUGGGUUUGGCGCGCGGGGGGCCCCCUUCGUGCAGCCCCCGCUGCCUCCCGCUGCUGCUGCAGCAGCAGCAGCAGCAGCAGCAGCAGCCGGAGCUGGGGUCCCGGGUUCGGUACCCUUGCCCGCGUCUCUGGGCGUCCCCCCCGCGGCCCCCCCGCAGCCCCCCGAAAAGAAGGAGCAGCAGCAGCAGCAGCAGCAGCAGCAGCAGCAGCAGCAGCAGCAGGUGGGCGGCGCGUACGGGAAGGCCUCGCAGGCCCCUCCCCCCCCUCCGCAGCAGCAGCAGCAGCAGCAGCAGCGGGGGAAGGCGAAGACGCAGGAGGAGUUGCUGCAGGAGAAGGCGCGCAAGUGGCAGCAGCUGACCUCGAAGCGGUACAGCUGGCGGCAGCAGCUGGGGUGUACGUACACCGCAAAAGAGCCCAUGCCUCCGGAACAUCUCCGGAAAUUAGUUAAAGACCACGGAGACAUGAGCAGCAGGAAAUUUCGCCAAGACCGAAGAGUCUAUCUCGGGGCUUUGAAGUUUUUGCCGCAUGCAGUCUUCAAACUCCUCGAAAACAUGCCCAUGCCUUGGGAACAAGCCCGCAACGUGGGGGUCCUCUACCACUCCACGGGAGCUAUUACUUUUGUGGCUGAGACCCCCUUUGUUAUAGAGCCAGUUUAUCUCGCCCAGUGGGGGUCUUGUUGGAUUUUAAUGCGGAGAGAAAAGAGAGACAGAAGGCACUUCAAACGCAUGCGCUUCCCCCCUUUUGAUGAUGAAGAGCCUCCGUUGGAUUAUGGGGAAAAUGUGCUGGCAGUGGAGCCUUUAGAAGCCAUCAGAAUGGAGUUGGAUGAAGAAGAAGAUGCUGCUGUUGCGGACUGGCUUUACUGCAGCAAGCCGCUGCAGCAGCAGCAGCAGCACGUGCCGGGCCCGAGUUACCGCCGCUGGCGGCUGGAGGUGCAGCAGCUCGCCGUGCUGCAGCGGCUGGCGCAUCAACUUCUUUCGGAUUUACAAGACUUGAAUUAUUUUUAUUUAUUUAAUUUAGAAGCUUUUUGCACUGCAAAAGCCCUCAACUUGGCCAUCCCCGGAGGCCCCAAGUUCGAGCCUUUGUUCAGAGACUCUCAGGAAGAAGAAGAGGACUGGAACGAGUUCAAUGAUGUCUCCAAAAUAAUUAUUCGACAACAAAUCCGCACUGAGUACAGAGUCGCUUUUCCCCACUUGUACAACAACAGGCCCCGCUGCGUGGCCCUGCCUCCUUAUCAUUCUCCGGCUGUCUCCUUCGUCAAACCCGAAGACCCCGAACUCCCCGCCUUCUACUUCGACCCCAUCAUCAACCCCCUCCCCGCCUACAAGACCGCGGGAGCCGCAGACGCGCUCCAGGACCCGUCGGUGGUGGAGGGUUUCGAGUUGCCUUGGAGCGUGCGUGCGUUUCUGGAGGAGAGUCCGCUGUGUACAGACACCACAGCCGCGGGGAUUUCGCUGUACUGGGCCUGCAGGCCUUUCAACUUAAGAGCGGGGCGCAUGCGAAGGGCCCAAGAUGUGCCAUUAGUUCAAACUUGGUUUCGAGAACAUGCGCCGCAGAACUAUCCCGUGAAAGUGCGGGUUUCUUACCAGAAACUGCUCAAGUGCUGGGUGCUGUGCCACCUGCACUCGCGGCCGCCGAAGUCUCUGAAGAAAAGAAACCUCUUUCGCGUUUUCAAAACCACCAAGUUCUUCCAAGUCACGGAGAUCGACUGGGUGGAGGCGGGGCUGCAGGUGGCCCGCCAGGGGUACAACAUGCUGAACUUGCUGAUCCACCGCAAGAACUUGAACUACCUCCACCUCGACUACAACUUCAACCUCAAGCCCGUCAAAACCCUCACCACCAAGGAACGCAAGAAGUCCAGGUUCGGAAACGCCUUUCACCUCUGCAGGGAAAUCCUCCGCCUCACCAAACUCACCGUCGACUCCCACGUCCAGUUCCGACUCGGCAACGUCGACGCCUUCCAGCUCGCCGACGGCCUCCAGUACAUCUUCGCCCACGUCGGACAACUCACGGGAAUGUAUCGGUACAAGUACCGGCUGAUGCGGCAAGUGCGGAUGUGCAAAGACCUGAAGCACCUGAUAUACUACCGGUUCAACACGGGGCCGGUGGGGAAGGGGCCGGGGUGCGGCUUUUGGGCUCCGGGGUGGCGCGUGUGGCUCUUCUUCUUGCGGGGCGUUCUGCCUUUGCUGGAGCGCUGGCUGGGCAACUUGCUGGCGCGGCAGUUCGAGGGCCGCGUGUCCAAGGGCACGGCCAAGACGGUCACCAAGCAGCGCGUGGAGUCGCACUUCGAUCUCGAACUUCGCGCUGCAGUCAUGCACGACAUUCUCGAUCUCAUGCCUGAGGGCGUGAAGGCCUCGAAGGCGCGGACUAUUCUGCAGCACUUGUCCGAGGCCUGGCGCUGCUGGAAGGCCAACAUCCCCUGGAAGGUCCCGGGGCUCCCCGCGCCCAUCGAGAACAUGAUCCUCAGAUACGUGAAGAUGAAGGCGGACUGGUGGACGAACGCAGCUUACUACAACAGAGAGCGAAUCCGGAGAGGAGCCACUGUGGACAAAACAGUUUGCCGGAAGAAUUUGGGGCGGCUGACGCGGCUGUGGCUGAAGGCGGAGCAGGAGCGGCAGCACGCGUACUUGAAGGACGGCCCGUACUUGAGCGGGGAGGAGGCGGUGGCGAUUUACACAACAGCAGUUCACUGGCUGGAGUCUCGGAGGUUCACUCAUAUUCCAUUUCCCCCUUUGAAUUAUAAACACGACACCAAGUUGCUGGUCUUGGCCUUGGAAAGACUCAAGGAGUUCUACUCCGUCAAGAGCCGCCUCAACCAGAGCCAGCGAGAGGAACUCGGGCUGAUUGAGCAGGCUUAUGACAACCCCCACGAGGCUUUGUCUCGGAUAAAGCGGCACUUGUUGACUCAGAGGGCUUUUAAGGAACUUAGACUUGAGUUUAUGGACUUGUAUUCGCAUUUAGUUCCCAUUUAUGAAAUAGAUCCUCUUGAAAAGAUCACUGACGCUUACCUAGAUCAGUAUCUCUGGUACGAAGGCGACUCCAGGCACUUGUUUCCCUCUUGGGUCAAACCCGCAGACGCGGAGCCGCCGCCGCUCCUCGUCUUCAAGUUCUGCCAAGGCAUCAACAACCUCACUGACGUCUGGAACACCGCGGACGGAGAAACCCUGGUCCUCCUCGAGAGCAAGUUCGAAAAGGUGUACGAGAAGGUGGAUUUGACUCUGCUGAACCGGCUGCUGCGUCUGAUAGUGGACCACAACAUCGCGGACUACAUAACUGCCAAGAACAACGUGGGCGUCAGCUUCAAAGACAUGUCGCACGUCAACUCCUUCGGCCUCAUUCGGGGUCUUCAGUUUUCUUCUUUCGUUUUCCAGUACUACGCGCUGGUCCUCGACUUGCUGCUGCUGGGCCUCACCCGCGCCACUGAGAUUGCGGGGCCGCCUGCGCUCCCUAAUGAGUUCUUGUCUUUUCCCGAUGUGCAGACGGAGACCAGGCACCCCAUUCGCCUCUACUGCAGGUACAUUGACCGGUUCUGGGUGGUGUUCAAAUUCACAAAAGAAGAAAGUCGAGAUUUAGUUCAAAGAUACUUGACGGAAAACCCGGACCCGAACAACGAGAACGUCGUGGGGUAUCCCAACAAGACUUGCUGGCCGAGGGACUGCAGAAUGCGCAGAAUGAAGCGGGACGUGAACUUGGGUCGCGCGGUGUUUUGGGAAAUGGCGAAUCGGCUGCCGCGGUCUUUGGCGACUCUGAACUGGACUUCUUCUUUCGCUUCCGUCUACUCCGUAGACAACCCGAACUUGCUGUUCAGCAUGGGGGGCUUCGAGUGCCGGAUUUUGCCGAAGGUGCGGCUGCAGACGGAGCAGUUCCUGCAGCGGGAGGGGGUCUGGAAGCUGCAAAACGAAGCCACGAAAGAAAUGGCAGCGCAGGCUUUUCUGAAAGUUGGCGAAGACGGAAUGCGCAGAUUCGAAAACAGAGUCCGCAUGGUCUUGAUGUCCAGCGGCGCCACCACCUUCACCAAAAUUGCGAACAAGUGGAACACCACUUUGAUCUCGCUGAUGACUUAUUUCCGAGAGGCUGUGGUGCACACGGAGGCGCUGCUGGACUUGUUGGUGAAGUGCGAAAACAAAAUCCAAACGCGAAUCAAAAUCGGACUCAACUCCAAAAUGCCUUCCCGCUUUCCCCCGGUGGUCUUCUACACUCCCAAGGAGCUGGGGGGCUUGGGAAUGCUGUCGAUGGGUCACAUUUUAAUUCCCCAGUCCGAUUUGAGAUAUAGUCAACAAACAGAGUCCGGAAUAACUCACUUUAGAUCCGGAAUGUCGCACGAAGAAGACCAACUCAUCCCCAACUUGUACAGGUACUUGCAAACGUGGGAAAGCGAGUUCGUGGAGUCGCAGCGCGUGUGGGCGGAGUACGCGUUGAAGCGCGCAGAAGCUGCUGCGCAAAGUCGCAGACUCACUUUGGAGGAUCUCGAAGAUAGUUGGGAUCGGGGGAUCCCCAGGAUCAACACUUUGUUCCAGAAAGACCGACACACGCUGGCCUACGACAAGGGCUGGCGAGUCCGCGAGGACUUCCGCCAGUUCCAGCAGCUCAAAGCCCAUCCUUUUUGGUGGACUCACCAAAGACAUGACGGAAAACUCUGGAACUUGAACAAUUACCGCACUGACAUGAUCCAGGCCCUCGGCGGAGUCGAGGGCAUCCUCGAACACACCCUCUUCAAGGGCACCUACUUCCCCACCUGGGAGGGGCUCUUCUGGGAAAAGGCCUCCGGAUUCGAGGAGAGCAUGAAGUACAAGAAACUGACCAAUGCACAAAGAUCCGGAUUAAACCAAAUCCCUAAUAGGCGGUUCACGCUUUGGUGGUCCCCCACAAUCAACAGGGCCAACGUCUACGUGGGGUUCCAGGUGCAACUGGACUUGACGGGCAUUUUCAUGCACGGGAAGAUUCCCACUUUGAAGAUAUCUUUGAUUCAAAUCUUCAGAGCUCACUUGUGGCAAAAAGUCCACGAGUCCAUUGUAAUGGACUUGUGCCAAGUGUUUGACAUGGAGUUGGACUCUUUGGAAGUGGAAACAGUGCAGAAAGAAACUAUUCAUCCUCGAAAGUCUUACAAAAUGAAUUCUUCUUGUGCAGACAUUUUGCUUUUUGCAACUUACAAAUGGUCCAUUUCCAAACCCUCGCUUCUCGCCGAGGGCAAGGACAUCAUGGAGGGAGCCACCGCCACCAAGCACUGGCUGGACGUGCAACUGCGCUGGGGAGACUACGACAGCCACGACAUAGAGAGGUACUGCCGCUCCAAGUUCUUGGAUUACACAACUGACAACAUGUCCAUUUAUCCUUCGCCUUCGGGGGUUUUGGUGGGAGUGGACUUGGCCUACAACCUCCACUCCGCGUUUGGCAAUUGGUUCCCGGGCCUCAAACCCUUGAUGCAGCGCGCCAUGAACAAGAUCAUGAAGGCGAACCCGGCGUUGUACGUGUUGCGGGAGCGGAUUCGCAAGGGUUUGCAGUUGUACUCUUCGGAGCCCACGGAGCCUUAUUUGAAUUCGCAAAAUUAUGGAGAAUUGUUUUCUAAUCAAACAGUUUGGUUUAUAGAUGACACAAAUGUUUACAGAGUCACAAUUCACAAAACCUUCGAAGGAAACCUCACCACCAAACCCGUCAACGGAGUCAUAUUCAUCUUCAACCCCCGCACAGGUCAGUUGUUUUUGAAGAUAAUUCACACUUCGGUGUGGGCGGGGCAGAAGCGGCUGACGCAGCUGGCGCGGUGGAAGACUGCGGAAGAAGUGGCUGCGUUGAUUCGGUCUUUGCCCGUGGAGGAGCAGCCGAAGCAAAUCAUUGCCACUCGCAAAGGAAUGCUGGACCCUCUGGAAGUCCAUUUGCUGGACUUUCCCAACAUUGUGAUCAAAGGCAGCGAACUCAACCUGCCUUUCCAGGCCCUCAUGCGCAUAGAGAAGUUCGGCGAUAUGAUCCUCAGAGCCACGCAGCCCGAGAUGGUUCUCUUCAACAUGUUCGACGACUGGCUCAAGUCCAUCUCCGCCUACACCGCCUUCUCCCGCCUCCUCCUGCUCCUCCGCGCCCUCCAAGUGAACACGGAGCGUGCGAAGGUGCUGCUGCGUCCGCACAAGUCGGUGGUGACGCAGCCGCACCACAUCUGGCCGUCGCUGACGGACGAGGAGUGGAUCCACGUGGAGGUGGGGCUGAAGGACUUGAUCUUGGGAGAUUAUGCAAAAAAGAAUAAUGUAAACGUGGCCUCUCUGACUCAGUCGGAAAUCCGGGAUAUCAUCCUCGGGAUGGAGAUCGCGCCGCCGUCGCUGCAGCGGCAGCAGAUCGCCGAGAUCGAGGCGCAGGCCCGCGAGCAGCAGCAAGUGACCUCCACCACCACUCGCAGCGUCAACAUUCACGGAGAAGACAUGAUAGUGGCCACUCAAUCUCCUCACGAACAACAAGUGUUUAGUUCGAAGACAGAUUGGCGAGUUCGCGCGAUUUCCGCGGCGUCGUUACACCUCAGAACGCGCCACCUGUACGUGUCUUCGGAGGCCGUCGCGCCCGCGGGGUGUACGUACAUCUUGCCGAAGAACCUGCUGAAGAAGUUCAUCUCCAUCGCCGACCUCCGCACGCAGAUCGCGGCCUUCAUGUACGGCUCCCCCCCCCCCCCCCCCCCCCCCACCCGCCACCCCAACACCAACAGCAGCAGCAG